AAAAUAUUAUGUGAAAUAAUCUUUUGUUAUUAAAUGCCUUUUUCUUGUGUUAUUUUAAUCAAUAGUAUUGGUACUAUGAUGAAGAGACCCCAUUCAGAAUUUCAUUCUUAUUUUGAUUUCUAUAAAAUCAGAUGAAAAAAUAUGGAUAUUGUUCUAGAGCUUUUGUUAGUUGAGUUUCAUGCGAAUUAAAUCCUCCAGGCGAAUGCCUUGUACGCCUCAUGAAAUUUUGGUUGCCAUCAAAUGGAAAUAAAUUUUCAAUUUUUCAGAAUCUGUUUUCUUAGUGGAGUGGGAAUUAAAGCUUAUUUUGCUUUUUUUGGGUUUUUGAAACGUUUGGUCGUGCUGGUUGAUGAGAUAAUCAAAGCUGUUUUUCUAUAAUUCGUGGUUUGCUUGAGGUCAAACGAACUCAGGAUGGACCUGAGUUUGAGUUUUGCUCUUGAACUAUUAACUUGAUGAUAUGGCUACACCAUUUUUGGCUGGACUUGCAGUUGCUGCGGCUGCGCUUGCUGGCAGAUAUGGACUCCAGGCUUGGCAAGCAUUCAAGGCCCGGCCACCAAAACCUAAAAUACGCAAGUUCUACGAGGGUGGUUUCCAGCCUACGAUGACAAAGAGGGAAGCUGCUCUUAUCCUUGGUCUUAGGGAGAAUGCAACUCCGGACAAAGUCAGGGAAGCGCAUAGGAAAGUAAUGGUUGCAAACCAUCCUGAUGCAGGGGGCAGUCAUUAUCUUGCCUCUAAAGUUAAUGAAGCUAAAGAUGUAAUGCUCGGCAAGACAAAGGGCGGCGGGUCUCCAUUCUGAUAACAUUUCAUUUGCAUAAGUUUAGGCAAACUGUGUACAGAAGUAACAAUGAGUGUCCGAUCCUUUUAAGGUAUUUCAUUUAUAUUAUGCGAUGUUUGCCAAUGUGUUGAAGUUUCUUUAUCAAAUUGGGCAAAGAAUUUGAGUUGCCAACGGUUGUUUGGACCUUGCAAAGUUGGCCUAUUGACAACUGACCGAACAACCCCUGCCGCCGCAGAUAAAUGUGAGAUAAUUGUUUUAGCAAAUUUACGAGUUAUGGUUGU